CGAGGCAGUGUGAAGCUGGGGCCAGCUCCCCACAGCCUCUGGAGUGCAUCACAGACCUUUCAAGACCUAUGUUGCUGGCCCCCCAGAACCCAGAACAUGGCAGAAGGGGAGCAGGCCAACCCCAGAGGGUUCAAAAAGAAGGUGCUGGGUAGAUGCCCCUCUGGGGGGAGGGGCCCAUGCUUCAGGGCCUCCUGUCCUUCAAGAACCUCCAGGGCUAGCCUGGGUAUGAAGAAGCUCUUCGCCAUGGCCAUCCUCGCUGGCAGUGUUCUGUCCGCAGCCCACGGCAGCCUGCUCAACCUGAAGGCCAUGGUGGAGGCCAUCACAGGGAGGAGCGCCAUCCUGUCCUUCGUGGGCUACGGCUGCUACUGUGGGCUAGGGGGCCGUGGGCAGCCCAAGGAUGAGGUGGACUGGUGCUGUCACGCCCACGACUGCUGCUACCAGGAACUCUUUGACCAGGGCUGCCACCCCUACGUGGACCACUACGACUAUACCAUUGAGAAUGACACUGAGAUCGUCUGCAGUGAGCUCAACAAGACAGAGUGUGACAAGCAGACGUGCGCGUGUGACAAGAACAUGGUUCUGUGCCUCAUGAACAGGACGUACCGAGAGGAGUACCGAGGCUUCCUCAACAUCUACUGCCAGGGUCCCACGCCCAGCUGCAGCAUCUACGAACCGCCCCCCGAGGAGGUCACCUGCAGUCACCCAUCCCCGGCGCCCCCCACCCCUCCCUAGAGCCUCUGAGGUGCACCUUCCCCUGCUUCUUACCUGUCCGAGCCUCAACUCAGGGUCGGCGGCCUCCACGGAGCCAGCGCCGCCAGCCCGAGGACCACUGAGGCCACUCUCCGCCUGGACUCAACAGCCACCAACAAGCUCAUCUGGCAGUGCCCCGGGCACCAUUGUUGCUGGGGAGGAAAGGCAGAGGAGGGACAUGUAUGAAAAAGAGGCCAGGGAGCCUCACCAGCCCCAGGUUCCAGAGCCCCAGCCAUGGAGACAAGGACACUGCCCCCCAGUGCCACCGUCAGUGUGUGAGGGGCCCAUGCCAUCCUCCUCCCCACCCCACUCCCCCCCCACGCCCCCACCCCCCCACACCCGCCUCCGCCACAGCGCCGCCUCCUGCUGGCCAUGGUCCUCCAGCUAGGGGGAACGCAGGUUCCCAGCUACGCCCCUCGACACACACGCACACACCCUCCCCUGCCCCUUGGGACGUCCAGGCCAGGGUCUGGGGAUGGGAUUCUGCUGCCUGGGGGUCCUGCCCACCCCCACUCACCCCAGACACUUUGGAUGCUGCAGCUCCCAGAGAAUCUCCACAGGACUCAGCUUCCCCUCCUCAAAUGAAUAAAGGCCUCCUACCUCAACUUUC